GGGACAGAGAUGGCGGCGGAACCUUCUACAGCUCGAUUCGCCUUGUCUUCUUAUCAACAGAUGGGGAGGAAGAGUCGGCCGUGGGGUACUGCUGAGAUUCAGUGUACUCAGUGUGGAAGAAAGGUGUCCAGAGUUUCUGGUCACCACCAUGAACUUCAAUGUGGACAUGCUUUUUGUGAACUGUGCUUGUUAAUAACUGAAGAAUACAGCACAAUUAUAUGCCCUGAUUGUGAGAUUGCUACAACUAUAAAUAUGAGACAAGGAUACUGUCCAACAGAUGGAUGUAUCAAAGAAGAUUCUUUUAUGGAAAAACUGCAGCCUAAAAAGAUAAAGAUUUGUUCUCAGGACUUUAAAAAGACUUCUGAUCAGCUUACUAUUGGUUUAGAACAUUCAACAUCAACACACAGGACUAUUUUGAACUCCUCAUCUCUAAUAGCGGAAACUAAAACUGCAGAAGAAAUUGAUGAAGCAUUGAAGAUAGCAGGCUAUAGUUUUGAGCAAUUAAGUGUUGCUGUAAAAAUGCUGGAACAUAUACACAAUCAAACAAAAGAGGAAGCAGUCAGUCUUAUAGAGGUCCUGGAGAAACAGUUUGAUCAACUUUUUACUUCUCUUGGUUCCAGGAAGAAGAACCUAUGUGAAGAAGUAGUAAGAAAUACAGAUGAUUAUCUUUCAAAUGUAAUAAUGGCUAAAAGCUACAUUGAAGACAAAAAAAAUGAUUUGGCUGCCGCUAUGAAGAUAGCAAGAGAGUUAAAAUCAGCACCUUCUUUAAGGACUUAUUGUGACCUCAAUCAGAUUAUCCGUACUUUGAAAUUAACAUUUGAGAGUGAAUUGUUACAAGUUAGUUCUCUAAAACGGAGGAACUCUCCCAAGUUGAAUAUGAAUUGUAAUGAGAUCAUCUGUAUGUUCAACAGUAUGGGAAAGAUUGAAUUCGAGGACUUAACAAAAUGUGAUCCCCAAGAAAAUGAAAUGGGACAGACUGUUCAAAAGAAAUACAAUCAUAAAAAGGAAUUUUCCUGUUAUGAUACAUACCCAUUUCGAGAAAAGAAAAAGGUUGACAUGCCUAUUCUAAGUAAUGAAACCUCAUCACCAUUUUUGCAUCGGGAAGCCAGUGAUGUGCAUUCAGAAACAAAAGACUUCCAGCCAGAGAAAGAGGUUGUUGCAACACCAUCCCCUAAAACCAUUGCAGUUCUGCCUCAAAUAGGAUCUAGCCCUGAUGUGAUCAUUGAAGAAAUUAUUGAAGAAAACCUGGAAAGUUCUCCAGAGCUAGUUUUUGUAAGCCAUGUAAUACAUCCUUGCCACUUUUAUAUCCGGAAAUAUUCACAAAUUAAAGAUGCAACAGUAUUGGAAAAGAAGGUGAAUCAGUUUUGCAAUAAGAGUUUACACCUUGAUCCUUCAGACAUUUUGGAACUAGGUGCAAGAAUAUUUGUCAACAGUAUUGAAAAUGGGAUGUGGUGUCGAGGAACUAUCACUGAAUUAAUUCCAAUAGAAAGUGAACAUGUUAGAAAACUUUGUAGUCCAACCAAAUUCUCAGUCCAUGAAGUUGCACUAAUACAAAUAUUCAUGGUAGAUUUUGGAAAUUCUGAAGUCCUUAUUGUUUCAGGGGUUGGUGAUACCCAUGCAAGAUCAGAACACAUUGCUGAGCAGCAUAUAGUACUAAAUGACUUAUGCCUAGUUCUAAGGAAGUCUGAACCAUAUAUUGAAGGGCUGCUGAAAGACAUCCAGCCACUAGCACUGCCAUGCUCACUGAAAGACAUUGUUCCACAGAAUUCAGAUGAAGGCUGGGGAGAAGAAGCCAAAGUAGAAUUUUUGAAAAUGGUAAAUAACAAGGCUGUUUUAAUGAAAGUUUUUAGAGAAGAAGAUGGUGUGCUAAUUGUAGAUCUGCAGAAACCACCAACAAAUAAAAUAAGCAGUGAUAUGCCUGUGUCUCUUAGAGAUGCAUUAGUUUUUAUGGAGUUAGCAAGGUUUAGGUCACAAUUGCCAAGAAGCCACUCUGAAAAAAAUAUGACUUUACACUAUCACCCACCUAUUUUGCCUAAAGAAAUGACAGAUGUUUCAGUUAUGGUUUGUCAUAUAAAUAGUCCUGCCAAUUUCUAUCUUCAAUUGAUAGAGAGCCUGGAUUUUUUAUUUUUACUAAAAACAAUUGAGGAAUUUUAUAAAAGUGAAGAUGGAGAAAAUCUGGAAAUCCUCUGUCCAGUUCAAGGUCAAGCCUGUGUAGCUAAAUUUGAAGAUGGAGUUUGGUACCGAGCAAAAGUUACUGGAUUGCCUGGACAUCGUGAAGUUGAAGUUAAAUAUGUGGACUUUGGCAAUACUGCAAAAAUAACACUUAAAGAAAUGCGUAAAAUAAAAGAUGAGUUUCUAAAUCCCCCAGAGAAGGCAAUUAAAUGUAAGCUGGCCUAUAUUGAACCCUGUGUAAAGACAAUGCAGUGGUCCAAAAAAGCUAAGGAAAAAUUUGAAGAAAAGACUCAAGAUAAAUUUAUGACAUGUUCAGUCAUCAGAAAACCAACUGGUGGGAGUGACAAAUGGACAGCUACAGCUUGUGACUGUCUUUCAUUGUACCUAACUGGAGCUGUAGCAACUAUAAUCUUGCAGGAAAACAAUACAACAUGGCCAUUACCUGUGAAAAUUUUCUGCAGAGAUGAAAAAGGAGAGCGUGUCGAUGUUUCUAAAUAUUUGAUUAAAAAGGGUUUGGCUUUGAGAGAAAGGAGAAUUACAAAAUUAAAUAACAGCUAUUCAUCAUCUGAGAAGUCUCUGGAAAUCCCCUUGGAACAAGAAGACUCAAUGGUUACUAAGUGUAUUAAGAUUAACUUUGACCCUAACAAAAAAGCUGCUGAUGUUAUUAGUGAGUACAGGGUAUCUGAAUUUCAGCAGAAAAUUCCAGAACCAAGAACCACUGGAUGCUACAAACCACCAGCUAUUCCUAACAUGAAAGUAUUUGAGGCAAUUGUCAGCUGUAUUGGCGAUGAUGGAACUAUAUUUGUAGUACCUAAAUUGUCAGAACUCGAGCUAAUAAAAAUGAUGAAUGAAAUUCAAAAUAAUUUAAAAUGCCUUGGUCUUUUGGAGCCUUAUUUCUGGAAAAAGGGAGAAGCCUGUGCAGUAAGAGGAUCAGAUACUAUGUGGUAUCGAGGCAAGGUAAUGGAAGUUGUUGGCGGCACAAUCAAGGUACAAUAUUUGGAUCAUGGAUUUACCGAGAAAAUUCCACAAUGUCAUCUUUACCCUAUUUUACUAUACCCUGAUACACCCCAGUUUUGUAUUCCAUGUCAUCUUUAUAAUACCAAACCUGUUGGGAAUGUGUGGCAACCAGAUGCAAUAGAACUCCUUCAGGAACUGCUUUCAAAGAGAGAGGUGGAAAUUCACAUUAUGGAAUUACCUGAAAACCCAUGGGAGAAAUUAUCUAUUCAUCUCUAUUUUGAUGGAAUGUCACUUUCUUAUUUUAUGGCAUACCAUAAGUAUUGUACUUUUGAGCAUUCUGAAGAGAUAUUGAAAGAAAAGCUAGCAGAUUACAAUAAAAAGUACGAGGAUGAAAGAUGGGAAAUAAGAUUUGAGGAAUUGCUUUUGUCUGAAACAGAGACUCCUAUUUUACCACCAUAUUUGCCUUCAUCUCUGCCUCCCCCAGAAGAACUCUAUGCUGUUCAAGUUAAGCAUGUUGUCUCACCUAAUGAAGUGUAUAUUUGCCUUGAUUCUAUAGAAAGUUGUAAUCUGUUUAACCAGCAUAGCGAUACAGAUGACAGUGGAAUCAGCUGGGAAUCUGAGUCUGAGAGCCUUAAUGAAGCACUGCGGAGGUUUAAUAAGAAUGUGGAGACAUUUCCUCUUCUGACAGAUUUUAGAACAGAAAUGCCCUGCCUUGCAGAAUAUGAUGAUGGCUUAUGGUAUAGAGCAAAGAUUGUGUCUGUUAAAGAAUUUAAUCCUCUAGCUGUCCUGGUACAAUUUGUUGAUUACGGAUCAACUGAAAAACUGACAAUAAACAGAUUGCGUCAAAUUCCUCUUCACCUUAUGCAGUAUCCAGCCCGCGCCAUAAAGGUUCUCUUGGCAGGGUUUAAACCUCCCUUAAGAGAUCCAGGAAAGACAAGAAUACCAUAUUGUCCCAAAUGGAGCAUGGAAGCACUGUGGGCUAUGAUAGACUGUCUUCAAGGAAAACAACUUUAUGCUUCUUCCAUGGCUCAGGCACCAGAACAAAUAGUGACAUUAUAUGAAGAUGAACAAUAUCCAGUUCAUAUGUCAUUAGUGGAAAUGGGGCUGGCGGACCAAGAUGAAUGAUGUAAGUAUCAUGACUUCUUGUUCCUGCAUGUGACUAAUACAGUGGAGAUUAAUGCUAAAUUACCCAUAAAAGCACCUUCAGACUUUCCUUGAUUUCUCGAAGAAUGACAACAAAGCUCAACAAGAAUCUCUCUUCUAAACUUCUUCAUAGGCCCUUUACACCUAUUGAAUACCAGAAUCAAAGAGGAUCUCCAUCUGUAAGAAUGCUUGAAAUGACUAUCAUAGUAACAGAUAGUUGCUGGGGAUGGGCAGAAGAGCAGAAGGAAGUGGACACUUUAAGUAAUUUAAGCACAUUAGCAUAUGGUAUGCACAGAACACCAUUGAACAAUCCAUGACCUAGUAACAAAGCUAUUAAAAUACUUGAGUAACCAGCUAUUUAUUCAUCCACAUAAAUGUAACAAGUGAUUCAGUAACUAGCCUGAACAUUUACUUAAGCAAAUGUUUUAAAGUA